UGAAAUCAUUCUACUGAGGGACGUAAAGUGCAGCAUUCACUUGGAGUCGAGAACUCAAAAGGAAGAUGGGUAGGCAAAAGAUUCUGCUGGAUAGGAUUGCUCGCACCUUCCAAAUUCGUAAUAAGCUACUGCGCCAGGCUUUGGCUGAAUGCUUGGGCACACUAAUCCUGGUAAUGUUUGGCUGUGGUUCAGUGGCUCAGUUAAUGCUCAGUUCAGGAACUCAUGGCAUCUUCCUCGCUGUAAACUUAGCCUUUGGCUUUGGAGCCACACUUGGAAUCUUGGUGUGCGGCCAAGUCUCAGGAGGUCAUCUGAACCCAGCUGUAACUUUUGCCCUCUGCCUUCUCGGAAGGGAGAAAUGGAGAAAGUUUCCAGUGUACUUUCUCUUCCAGACACUUGGUGGAUUUUUUGGGGCUGGUAUCAUCUUUGGCAUGUAUUAUGAUGCUAUCCAGACAUACUAUAAAAAAGUAAAUGAACUACCAAUGGGAAUCUUCGCCACUUACCCCAAUGACCACGUUAGCACCGCCAAUGGCUUUUUUGAUCAGGUGAUAGGCACAGCUGCACUGAUUGUGUGUGUCCUGGCGAUUAUAGACCCUUUCAACAACCCCAUCCCACAAGGACUUGAGGCCUUCACUGUGGGUUUCACUGUACUAGUCAUUGGGUUGUCUAUGGGCUUCAAUUGUGGCUAUGCUGUAAAUCCAGCCAGAGACCUGGGACCUCGUCUUUUCACUGCCAUUGCAGGCUGGGGCAGCAUAGUCUUCACUCAUAAGAACUACUGGUUCCUAGUGCCCAUCUUUGCCCCAUUCCUGGGUACCAUCAUUGGAGUGAUUUUGUACCAAUUGAUGGUGGGCUGGCAUACAGAAGGGGAUACACGGGACAAGCAAAAGGCAGCAGAAGAAUCGAAUGUCAAGCUGAAUGAUAUGGAUUCUUCAGUUCCCUAAGCUAGAUUGAUCAACAUAUCAACUAGCUCUACCACCAUUUUACUCAAGAUUCAAUAGGUUAUGAACAAUGAUACACUUUCAAGAGGUAUUCUCACCUAUCGUGUAGGGAAUUUGCAUAUAGAGAGUAAUGAAGAACAAGGCUGUAUUUCUUCAAAUUAAUUACAUUUCCCAAAAGUGCUACCAUUUCUGUAUGUCUUUUAUACCCUGUGCUCUACACUCUGCACAUCUUCAAGACUAAGUUCUCUUUCUUCAUGACGAAUUAUAUUAAUUCUAGAAAGGAAAUAAAUAAUGGAAACAAAUUUCAAAUUAUGGAAGAGCACAACAAACAUUGCAUUUUCAAUAUGUUUUGUGCCAUUUUUAAAAAUUCAGAGAUACUUUUGUACUUAAGUCAGUUAUGGCUGUGUGUGCAAUAGUACAUGUAUGCACACUUGCUUACAUUUGGCUUACAUUUUUUUAUAUCAUUUUUUUACAGUCAGCAUUCUUUAAGGCAAGAAACCUAUAGGUCAGUGAUGAACUUUUUGAGGAGAAGUCUUAGCUAUUCCAUUAGAACUAAAAUAGCUUAUUAGUAUAUUAGUAAUGUUAAUAUACAUUUAAUAAACAUAGGUGAAGAAUUCACCAUAAGCUAUGUUUUUAGUUUUUCUUUCUACAGUAAAUGUGAUUUCUUUGGGCACUACUGCUAUAUAGUUGGCAAAGCCAUAUACAUUUAAAUGCCUGUUUACUUGGUUUACUGUUAAUAAGAGAAAAAAAACAAAGUAAAAAAUUGUCCUGCCAGAGCACUGCAUUUUUACUCUAUUUAGAUUUUUACCAGCAUUUAUACUGACUGUGGUCCACGGCUUUUCUUACUGCAUUUUUCCCCAUAUUGAGCAAGCAUUUAAAUUUGCAUGGCCUUGUACAUUUAAAUGUAUUAUCAGACUAUUAUACAUUUCUAGGUUUAUUAUGGGCACUAUUAUGCAAAUUACUUUUAAUAUUGAAGCCAGAGAGGUUUGCUUCUGCAUUCAUCCACAUUUUGUAUAUUGUAUACUUAAUGCCAUUUUAAACAUGUAAAUAAAAACCUUAAACCUUU